AGUUGUGUUGGAGAGUUCAACGCUAGAAACGCUCGGAGACAGUGAGGAGUAUGCUGGUGCGGCUGUUAUGUUACAGAAAUGGCUUUAAGGCUCCAGAAUUUGUUUUGCUCUGGGUCAGAAGACUUUGAUGAUGAGGAGUUCCUGUCUGCAUUGGAGGGUACAGAACCCAGCUUCUCCACUAAUACUCGUAUCACACCUGUCCACCUCAGGCCUAUUUCUUCUAAGGACACGCAGGUGACAGGAGGCUCUUCUAACCUUGCAAAGCCGUCAUUUUUUGAAGAGACAGUCACUGUGCAGGUGCAUACCAAAUCACCUGCAGAUACGUCAAGUGUGCCGUCCCUGGACCUGGAUCUGGAUGAUGAGGAAUUGCUGUCGGCCUGUAGUGAACUGGAAGCGGGGGUAUCACAAGAACAAUAUCAGACACCAUGUCAAACCCCAAAUCCAAGACUGUGCUUGAGGCCUAUCAAUCAGACAUCUCAAAAUAAUAGCUUCACCGCAAAUAGCUCUCCCGACUUUCAUCUGCGUCCUUCUGGGGGUGGAUUCUGUUCAAAUUCGGAACCCAGGACGUUUACGAGACCCCUUCAAGAGACUGGUCAUAUUCAGCGCCAAUCAUGUGGAUUUACUACAAACUCUCCCACAGCUUCUAAUUUCCUUGCGAGUGACAGGGGGAGAGGCCAGUCUCCGAGUCCUACCGCCAAAAGGCCCUGCUUGAGGCCUAGCCUGGAAAUGCAACCAGUCACGCCUGCAAGAACUGGUGCUCAGCUGCCCCAGUCUUCCUAUCGACGUUGCACUACACCAACAGCAGCUGUGAGACAAGCCCAUUCAUGGCAAGGUGGUGCGGGCAGCAACUCGCUACUAAAAACUCCCCAGAUGCCUUCUCGCCCGCACCAGCCUGGCACUCUGCAGACACCAGUGGUGACCAAUCAUCUUGUACAGUUGGUGGAAGCUGCCAACAAGACACCACGGGUGCUGGCAUGGGAGACACCACCCCCCAAAGAAAGGAGGUUUCCUGGGCCAGCCGGCCUUCUGCCACAGCAGGCCAGUGGCAGAAGGCUGGAUGAAAUCCUGAUAUCCACCCCACAUACACCUAGCCAUGGGGCGCAAGCCAGGCACCACAGCAAGGAGAAUGCCCCUUCCCAGCAACCAGUGGCAGAAGAAUUUGUAAGGGGUCCCUGGGCUACCAUGAAAGCCGAGCUGUCAUUGGAUGAAAAUGACCCAGUCUGCUUCCUGAGAACAUACAGUGUUGUCAUGGUUCUCCGUAAGGCGGCUCUCAAGCAGCUCCCAAAGAAUAAAGUCCCACGGAUGGCCGUAGCUCUUAAGAGUUUGACCCCAGCCAAUGGAGAUGCCAGUGCAGUAUUCCGAGAUGCAACAGGAGAAAUCCAAGGGACGGUCCAUCAUCUGUUAUUGGAGGAGAGGGAGAGGGAGCUGAAAGCAGGCAGUGUCCUCCUCCUGCAGCAGGUUGGGGUCUUCUCACCAUCCCAUCGCAAUCAUUAUCUCAAUGUGACACCAAGUAACUUGGUGAAGGUCUAUCCAUCAGCAGACGGAAAUGAAAGUUCAAGGGUGUCUGUGGAAAUAACGACAGAGGAGGAGGUGGAUGUGAACAGCAAUGACACCCAGUUACACCAGCGUUUGUCCUCCAGCACAAGACAAGGCAGGGCUUUAGAUCAAGCACUUUCCCUCUCCUCCAGCACAAUGCAGCCUGAUAGUAAUUGGCCAGCUACACCUCCCUUCCUCUCCAGAGCCCACCAGCCAUCAUCCCACAUAACCGAAUCUAAAGCUCCCCAGUCAGCAGUAUCUUCCUUAUCUUGCAAUCCAAUGCAUACCAGAGCCCCGGGUCCAGCAGCACUUUACCAAUCUUCCAGCACAGUACAGACAAAUCCAUCAUCUCCAUCGUUCAGCACAGCACAGUCCAGGACGUCUCUAGCUACAGACGGUGGAGACUGGGACAUGGAUGACUUGGACUCUUUGCUAUGUGACCUUCCAGAGGACCCCGGAGAAUGACAUUUCAGGCUGCUUUCAAAGACUUAAUAUCCUAAAAGCACACUUUAAUAU